CUCCGUCGCAUUCGCGCCGCGAGUAAUAACUCGCGCGAACUUCCUCCCGGUGAUCAUGGGCCCAUUGGUGGAGACUUCUUUGAUAAGGUUCUGGAAGAGUCUAAUGCGGGCACCGACUUACCGACUUGGAACGGUGAACUGUACCUCGAGUUCCAUCGAGGCACCUAUACCAGCCAUGGCUCGAUCAAAAAGGGCAACCGCAAGUCUGAGAUUCUCCUCCGAGAUGUCGAGCACGUGGCAACGCUUGCAUCGUUGUACAGAUACCACAAGCAUGAUUACGAAUACCCCAAGGCUAAGAUUGAUGUCUGCUGGGAGAAGGUGCUGUUGAACCAAUGUAAGUACCUCCUCCCUGGAUCUGCCAUUGGCAUGGUGUACGACGACGCUGAGAAGCUGUACGCCGAAGUGCGCGAAGACGGAGAAGCUUUGUUUCAAGAGGCUACAGAAGUCCUUUUGCCGAAGGCACUGCCGCUUACUGCUGCAUCGUUCAAGGCACCUGGCAAUAUCGUCGGCAUCAACACGACGUUCUUCCCACGCCGCGACAUUGUCGAGGUUCCGCUCUCCGGGGUGCCCACGCAUCUUAAGGCGCAGGUCGUGCAAACGAGCAAGGAUGGUGCGACCGGCUAUGCUCUCCUGAACUGUCCACAGGGCAAUCAUUUGGCGAAGCCUAUUGGGUUCUACGCGGAUUGCAUGCCAAUAGUGUUCACUAACGGCUCGGACCACUUCGUGCUUCGCAACUCGGCUGUGCAGCUCACUGUAUCGAAGGGGAGGAUUACGAGCCUAUACGAUAUCGUACUCAGUCGCGAGUUGAUCGCCAAAGGACAGACCGGUGGCCUUGUCAUCUUUGAAGAUCGCCCAAACUACUGGGAUGCUUGGGAUGUCGAAAUCCACCACCUGGAGACCGCUCACCAACUCGAAUUUGCUGAUACCUCGGUCGUCUCAGAGGGACCACUCCGUGCGUCGAUCAAGUCUGUUAUCAAGUACGGCAAGAGCAAGAUUACGACCACUGUGAAAUCAAACCAUGGGUCUUCAUGCGAUGUUUUAGCUACGACGAACAUCCGCUCUCGUCCGCUGAUCAUCUUUGACGCCGUCGUGGACUGGCAUGAGCGCCACGAGUUCUUGAAGUUCGAGCUCCCACUGGAUAUACGUAACGACAAUGCGACGUACGAGACGCAAUUCGGUCACGUCCAACGCCCGACGCACAACAAUACAACCUGGGAUAUGGCCAAGUUCGAGGUCUGCGGUCACAAGUACGCCGACUUAAGUGAGUUCGGCUACGGUGUUGCGAUCUUGUCCGAAAGCAAGUACGGCUUCUCGUGCCGCGGAAACGUUUUGCGCAUCUCCCUGUUGCGCGCUGCCACCGCUCCAGAUGCGGAGCAGGAUCAGGGAAAACAUGAAUUUAGCUGGGCCGUUUUGCCGCACGAAGGGUCUUUCCUUGAGUCAGAUGUCCCAAUCGCAGCGUAUCUGUUCAACUCUCCGCUCCACGUUCGGUAUGUCCCGGGUGACGCGAUGGCCUACCCGCUUGCGCAAGCCCAACAGCCCUUCAGGCUUGAGAAAGUGCGCAACGUCUUCCUAGAGACGAUCAAACGGGGCGAAUACGACGACUAUGCUGCCAAGAUCGAUGACGACAACGCCAACGUGAGCGUCUUGCUCCGGCUGUACGAGGCGUACGGCGGUCAUGCGCGCUUUAAGCUGCGCAUCGGCGGGAAUAUUGCACGUGCGACCGUCACGAACCUGCUCGAGGACGAGAUGGAGGAGCUACGUAUCAUGAAGGAAGGCUCUGGCGCAGACCCCGGCGACGGAAUGACGAUCGUGCUGGACUUCCACGCAUUCGAAGUGAAGACAUUAAAGUUUGUCUAUGAGCAGAAAGCUUCUGAGGACAUGUAUGUGCUCCUUUGUCUGUCCUGUUUGGCUAUCUUACUGAAGUUAUUCCAGGCCCUCGCUCAAGCCGGACGGCUGGCUCGUCGUUGA